GUUCUGGAAUAAGUCAGACCAACCGGUUUCAGGUUCCCCUGCCAGAACCCAGUCAGUCCUGACCGGAAGCCUGCUAGCUGUCCUGGGAUUGAACUGGACCACCAGUGGGACCAGUGGGAGUGGUUCCAUCUGGCUUCUGCAGGGUUCUGGUCCCAGUAGGACGUCCUCCAGGGUUCUGGUCCUGGCCGGGCCCAGCUCCGGCCCAGGAUGCGGAGCCAUGCUGAGAGGCGGUCCAGCUCUGGCGACUGUGUUUCUGUGUUCUGUGUGUCUGCUGGCGGCGCCGAUCCAAUCCCGCCAGAAGGAGCUCUGCUCUCUAGACCGGAUCAAGAAGGUGAUGUCACUCAACAAAGCGCUGCCGACGCAGAUGGACGUCAGUCUCUACACGCCUUCGGUUAAAGACUACCAGCAGAAAUGUCCCAGCGCCGCCAUGAGCUGCUUCGCCGAUGAGCUGAGUGUCCUCUGUGAGGAGAUGAAGGUCAGCGGCCUCAGCUGCACUCAGCAGAGACUCAUCCUGUCGCUACGGAAACUGGCUGAGAAACUCAAUAAGUCAGAGUCGCGUUGCCGUCAGUGUGAACUCCACCCGGAGGAGAGCCCUAAAGUUUUCCUUGGAGUUCUUCUAGAAGUUCUUCAACAGAUUAACGCUGAAAACUGCUGAGGAGAGACGAUGUGCACCGUCUGCAGAAUGAAGCUGUUUCUAAUAAAGAUUCCUUGGCGAGACGUCUGCUGCUGUUCGCUGUGAUCAGGACAUUUUCAGAUGUAAUGCAGAUAUUUGACUGAAGUGUGGUGAAGCGGGACUCGUUGCUGGACUUCAUAAAUAUGACAGUAAGUUUAAGGGAACCGUUUUUCCCUGGAUGCUGAAAAGACAUUUGACGGGUUGGAAAGGCCUUACAUCCUGACUGUACUUGAGGAGUUUGGGUUUGGUAGUAAAUUUGUGUGUUGGAUUAAAACAAGUUCUACGAUCAUAAAUUAGGAUUAUGCUGCUUUCAUCACUACUGUUGGGCAGCGAAUGGCAGGAAGGUGAUGAUGCUCCAGAACCGUCUGAUGAAAGAAAAGUUAGAAACUGUUCUCUUCCAGCUCUUCUUUUCUCAGCACCAAUAUCUCCUACAAAUAGUGGAGUAAAUAAUUUGAUUGUUUUAACUUGUUUGACAAUAUGGAAACAAGUUAAGUUAGACUGUAGUUUACCGCAGACCUCGGUUCAUGCUCCAAUUCUUUCCCCUUCACUGUUGGAUAUAUCAUUUAAAACCUGGAGACUGAAAGGCCAAACUGCACUGAAAAAUGUGUAUCAACAAAACGUUUGCUUCAUUUGCAGUGUUGAGGGACAAUUCCUCUCUUCUGGAUGCAGUUUUUUUUUUCAGAUAUGUACAAAUUAGAAAUUAUGUUUGAAUUAACAUCCUGAAUUUUAAAUAUGCAAAAUGUUGUUGGGCUUUCCAGAGUCAGAAAUAAUGUUUGCUACAAAAACUCCUUGAGGGCUGCAUGGAGGAUCCGCUCAUGUUCUGUCAAUGAGAAGCUCCGUUCAUUCAGUUCAAGGAGUUUCAUGUGUUCUAAUGUUAACUUCACGAUGGGAUAAAUGUCGGUCCUCUGAUGGAUCUCUGUCUCUUCUGCUGUGGUCACACAUCAAACUCUUCCAAUAUUGCUGUGACAUCUUCAACUGUUCUCUGCAGUAUUUUAGUUCACGUUGGUUCCAGAACCACAGACUGAAUCAUCUGGAUAUUCUCCUUCACGUCGGACCCUCAGCUUUUCUGUGGAGUUUGGAACGCUGAUAAUUAACUAAUAAUAUUAAGAUUGUGGGAAACUGACAGUUUAAAGUUCCUCAGUUUAAAAUGUGCUUCAGUGAUUUUACUGAGAUUCUUCAUUUGGAGAAACUGCGGUAUGAUGCUGUGGGCUCCACUAAGAAGUUCUGCAGUACCUGGCAGCCGAUUCUGGACCUUCUUUCUCAAUAAGACUGACGCUCAGCUCAGCCUGUUAAUACGCCACCAGGCCUUUAUGCACCGUCCUAAAUGUAAAUGGUAAUCAGUGCAAUGUAACCACUUAUUUAGAUAAUUACCCUGACUUGUUUUAAUUUUUACUUAUUGUAUGAUUUCAUUUUCAGUGUUUUAUUAGUAAGAGUAUAUUUUCCUUAUACAGUAAUUUGUUAACUAUAUAUAAAUAUAUAUGCUUCAUACCCUUGUGUGUGAUUUAUGUACGCCGUAUUUUGAAAACUUAAU